CAUGGAGCGCGGGGCUGUGAGGGACAUGGCGGCCAGGCUGGGGCUGCGCGGGACCGCCCUGCUCGGGAAAGCUGAGGAGUAUCUGCGGCUGUCCCAGGUGAAGUGCACGGGGUUAAUGGCUCAAAUGACGGCGACGAGCAGCGCUGUGAUGUGCCUGGACCUGGCGGCGAGUUUCAUGAAACAACCGAUUGACAAAAGCUACUGUGUUAAACUCUCCGGGUUGAACAAGAACACCUACCAGAACUCUAUGAAGUCCUUGGAGUGUUUGCUGGAGGUGAACCCCAGGCUGGGAAUGCGAGACUUGGCUGUGCAAUUUUGCUGCACGGAGGCAGUGAACAUGGCUGCAGAAAUACUUCAGAGGUAUGAAUCCAGCCUUUCUGAAGCACAGAGGAUGGACCUUGAUUUCUCAAAACCACUGUUUUUAACGGCUUCACUAUUCACUGCAUGCAGGUGUUUGAAGCUAAAAGUGGACAAAACUAAAAUGGUGGCUGCAUCUGGAGUGAAAAGAGCAAUAUUUGACCGACUGUGCAAUCAGCUGGAGAAGAUAAGCCAGCACCUCAGAAAAGAAGAUGUUCCACUGGCUGCAGAGGCACCUGAAAGCCUGCAGACCUGCCUGGAGCACUGUGAGCAGGAAGAUGGAUCUGAAGAUGAUGAGGAGAAGCCACAUAAACGGCCAAAGACUGAAACAAAGCAGGACUAUGAAGAAUGGAAAAAGAAAAUCCUGGAAAAUGCUGCUAAGGCACGAGAGACAAAUAGUACUGCCUCUGUAAUGCCACCCACUAAUGCAACUGCUGCUUGCUCUUGAUCUUAAUCUCUCCCUGUGCUCUAAUAGUAGUUCCAGUAGCAUGAGUGAUGGCUGCCUGGUAGCCAGCUACCUUAUUUGGUUUUUAAGUAGUGAAGAAUGUUUUUUUUAAUAAAAUGACACCAGGAUUGAGGUGAUUUUACAGGAAGCCUGUCUUGACUACUCACCUUGCUGGUACCUGAGCAGCUUUGGCAUUAAGGGGGUAAAAUAGCUUCAUUCUCUUGCUGCAAGAAGCAGGGAACAUUCUAAUGCUACAUUCUAAUGCCACUUAAGUGUGUAAAUAAGUUAUAAGUUACAGGCCCUUGAGCCCCUGGCUGGAAGCAGUCACUGAAAUAAGAGGGCAGGGACUAAUGGUGCCUUGUUAAACUGCAAAGCCAGCAGAUAAGUUAAGAUUUUUUUUUAAUUGCUUUUAUUUUUUUACUGUUGAAGAAACACUGUUUAGUAACUGAAUUUGACGUAUUUUCCUGUGUAUGGGAAUGAAGUCUCUUGUGCUUUUGUAAGGGGUCCCAAAUAUUGCAAGAAACAAUAAAAGUACUGGAAGGAAAA